UCCGAUAUGGCUCACGUGCAGGCGUGGCUGACCUCGCUCGAGACCGAGGUGCACUCGUUCACAUCGUACUUUCUCUUUUGCGAGAUGAAAUUCCGGGAAACCAACGUCCUUGCAACGGGCAAGGAGACGCCCAACCACUUGCGCACGGCCGUGGCCUUUCACUGCCUGCAGCAAGCAUCGUGUAUCUUUGGGCGCUACCAAAGCGUGCUCGACACCAUUUGCCAAAGUCUGGGCAACGCGAUCUACAAGGAUUAUGACGAGCUCUCGGGCCGGGGACAGCCGAUUUCGGCCACGCGCUGCUACGCGGACGGCGUCACAUUCUUCGACCAUUGCAAGGCACAAGAUCAUGAGGCAAGAGAACUGCGCGACCAAAUCACGUCCCUCGAACAGGACAAGCGACGACUGGAACGAAAGCUGCAGCUCGCACUGACACACGUCGAAAACCUCACAAACCGCAGCACGACCCCUGAAGCACCGUCAAGUACCAAAAGCGCUGGGCGGGACGUCGAGCAACUCGGUACCAUGGACAAGGUGCGCACGGUCCUCAGCAUCCUCAAGAGCCUCGAGCCGACGAGCAAGAAAAGGAUCCUCACAGGGCUCUUGCAGUCGGCCGAGAACCCGUUGGACGCAGACGCCAUGGCGGACGUGAUCCAGUACAUGAACCGCGCGGAAGCAGCGAAGCUCACGCAUCAUUUGGCGGUCGAGUUUGGCCACGCAGUGUCGAGCGUGGUGCCGACGGUCGACCCCCUAAAAGGCAAAUUGCAGAGCACGUUCGAGUCCAAAGAGGUCCUGGAAGCCGAGCGGGCGAGCUACGAGCAGCUCAUUUUGCUCCGAAACGAACUAGCCCAUGCCAAAGAAACGUACCUCGAAGACAUUCGCCGUGAGCGCGACCGCAACGAGAUCCUCACGGACGAGCUCAAGGAGCUCAUGAGUCGCCACCACGAGCUCGCGCACCACUCAUCCCAUAAGCGGUCGUCGGUCGAGAUGGCAACGCAAACCCAAGAUGAUCCGACCGCGUCUCCAUCCUCAAGCAACGUCGUGCGCAAGACGUCUCUUGCCCAAGUGGCGCCAGUGGUUCGCUUCCAAGGCAUCUCAGAGCUUAUUGCGGACGCCAACUUUCUCCCCAAGCACAUCAAAAAGAUCUUUGCGAAGCGCAAGCCCAUGGUUGUCCACGAGCUCUGCGCAACCAUUGCCACGAUUUACCAAGCCAAGAUGCUGCAGGACAUUGCCGACGACGUCGCGGGGCGAAGCCGCGAGUCGCUCAUUGAGUUCAUGCAUGACCUCUACGUGCUCUACCACGGGCUUCGCGGCCUCGCGAUUGGCCAAUUCAUCUGCAUUGACGCCGGCGUCCGCAAGUUUUGCGAGAAAAAUGCACGCGUCCGCGUGUUUGGGAUGCUCCUCGGCUCGUCGACCGGACCGUGCGCCACGUACAAGUCGAUUGGCGCGACGCACCAAGCGGUUGACUUUUAUCUCCACGUUGUGGGUCUCAUCUUCCAGAUUGGCCAUUACACGCACGAGACGCUGGCCGCGACGAGUGCCGCGCGGGUGCUGAGUCAGCGCCUCGGCGACGGCAUCGUUGGCAGUCCAAGUGCAACGUCGAUUCCGCUGUCGCAAGCGCUGAACGUGGUCGCGUCGGCCUUUGCCUUUGAGAAAGGCGCCGAGAACGCGUGCUACGAGACGCUCAAGCAUCGCGCGGACGACGGCAUCGAGAUCGACGAGCUCCUCGAGCUCGUGAUGCGGCAUUGGUUCAAGCUCUUCAACGCCCAAGUUGACUUUAUGCACACACUUUUUGAGAGCAUGGACCGCGAGCAGAACGGGAUCAUCGAGUUCCCCGAGUUUCAGCUCCUCGCGACGCAGCUCGACCCACAAAUGCACGAGCGGGACUGCCUCGCGCUCUACUCCAAGAUUGCAGGAACCAACAACGUCAUUGAUGGCGGCGCGUUCGUCCUUGGCAUGGUCCAGCACCAGCAGCGAGUGCUCCAAUCCGCUCGACAUACCGCGAUGCGCGUCCAAUCAACCAAGGGCCACCGGCACUCGGAGACUGGCGUCAAGCCACUGCGCGUGCUUCGUCACAAUAGCUUUUACCGAUCGUCGCUGACCAAGGUGACGAAGGCGCGCCCGCCGACAACAGUCGAGCUCCAUACGAAUAUUAUUGGCCGACUGCGGUCGCUCUCGCUGCGGGCCGUCGACGCGCCGGUCAAGAACGUCGAGAGUCGGCCCAUCCGCGGAUCCAUCUCGAAUGAAAAUUGGAAUGCCUCGAUCCACGACAUCCUUGCGCGCCGCCAGCCGUCGUCCAGUGGUGCGAUUGAGGAAGACGACGGCGAUGACACCGAUGACAACGACGACAACAACGACGACGACGACGCCGACGACGACACCGACCACCAAGGCGCGUAGCCAAUAAAACUGAGCUAUCGUUGCGUGGUGGAGCCAACUCGACUCUAUUGUUUCAAUUGUUUGC